UCGAAAUCGCUGCUGUCAUGUAAAACCAGCUUGACACUCGACAUUCGAUACUGUCUUGUUUCUGUUUCGGCCGCGUUUGUGUUGAAUACCUGAAAAUUUGGACUUAAACCGUUUGAUUCAGUUCAUUUCUCGCCGGAAUAAAGCCGUGACAUGCAGGGAACCAAACGCCCCGCUGCUGCUAUCGAAGGCGAAGACUACGAGGAGCUAGAAAUCCCAAAUGACGAUCCGUCUGCUUACUGCAGGCUAUGCUUCUCCAUCACCCAGCUAGAGCCGAUCUUCGGGAAUCCUCAGGAUAGCAACGAAUCACUUACCCAUUUGAUCGAAAUUUGCACCGGCAUCAAACUUAAAGUUCAGGCCGAUUACCCAUGCUCCCUCUGUCGACUAUGCUACAACAAGUUGAAGGAAUUUCAACAAUUUCGUAAACUGUGCCAGUCGUUGAAUCGGGUAGUUCGGCGUGCGAAAAAGGAGGCCGAAAAUGGUCCUAUUGUCGCUACCGCACCUCUCCCUUCACUCGUUCCACCGCCUCUAUCUCUUUCCAUUCCUGUAUCUGCUCCCACCAUUAUAUCAACGGCUUCGGCUAUGGAGGAAACCGUACAGGAAGCUUUUUGGAUACAAGAACUAGCGAAUGAUGAAGUGGAGUUCACCGGGAUGGUUUCCCAGAAUGAAACAUGCGAGCCUACCACCGAAGAAUCUCAAGACAGUGAAAAGGAUAUGCCAUAUAUCAAGCUGGCCAAUGACUGGUACUGCUGCAAGCUUUGUGCGAAAAUCUUCGAAAAUCUUCCCAAUCUGAUGGAUCACUUUCGAAACAGCCAUACCGAAAAGGUGCAAGUAUACAGUUUCUCGCAAACUCCCUCGGCCGCAACGCUGGAUUACAGAGUUCGGGCUCUCAAUAUCGGCGAGGUGUUGGUAGGUGGAACUGUUCAGUACAAAUGUGACUCUUGUGAUACUUUGUUUAGCCAGAAGAGAAACAUUGCCCGGCAUCGCUGGAGAUACCAUAGCUCCCACGCGGAAAAAUACCCUGUCGUAAAGAUUGUCUGUGAAAUCGUGGGCUGCGAGUGCUUUUUCAUGGACUCGAAAGCAUACCGGCGGCACCUGAUCGCCAUGCAUCCCAACGAGCGAGCGCCCGAUCCGGGACCCAACGGAGUACUGUUGGAUCAUUUCGUCUGAGCGUAUCCCAAUGGUGUUGAGUUUUGCAGUUUACCUACAAAAUAGUGGAACUUAUUCAUUCGUAUUAUUUAAAACCGGUUCAUCACAAAUAUCAGUCAAUCAACGUAGAUGUGCACAAAAAUACCGAAGAAAAAUCUAAUCGGAACCAAGAUUCAAUUGGUUUAAUAUAUUCAAUGAACUUAGAAAUAUGAGCAGCCAGCUCAAUUAUUGUGCGAAAAAUAGAAAACUUAGUUAAUUUAUUUUUUUUUCUCAUCAUUUAAGGAUGUGUUAAAUUUUAUACACUGUGGUCUGCUAAACUGUGAAAGAAAUCAAAUAAUUUAACAGCAAUAUAAUUAACAUCAUAACUCGCCGCAGUAUUGUUUCAAUAAUCGUGUAUGUGUAGGACAUAAAGACAAAAGAAAUGAACCA